AUAGCCAUUCGCCCCAUUUCAACUUCCCACCAUUCAAACUUUCUUUUAUUUAAAAAAUUUUUUAACGAUUAUUCCUCAACUCAUAGCAAUAUUCAGUCUCCAUCCACAGUAUUGUUGAUAAAAAGGAAAAAUAGUAAAAAAUAUUCCAAGUACUCAAAACUUAUUGGAGAGAAAAUUAAUCAUAAAAAUUUGUUUUCAAAGCUCGAAAUCCUUUUGAAAACCGCCGAGCCUGAUCGGUCGUCGCACAGACACGAAAUUAAGCCCUUUUUGUGCCUCGCAAUCCUGGAUACUUUCCUAUGAAUUCGAAGGCCUUUCCGUUGACGGAUCGUGCACAAAGAAUCCUCAAAUUUGGGAGGAUCUGUCAACCUCUGAACAGGCGGGAUGGAGGGGGAUGAAAAAAUUGGAGAAUGCAUCCGGAGUUCACGAUCGGCGCUUCGCCAGUUUUUAUUAUUGCGAGAGAUCGAAUUUUAAUUGAGUUUGGUAUGCUUACGUCAAUUAUAUAUUUCCUGUUCUCCGGCAUCGUUUUCGUCAACGGUGCCAUCAUCCGAGAGGAAGCACUUUUGAAGCUUUUGAAUACGGACGUGGAAGUUUCCACCCUCAAUUAUGAGUGGGACUAUGGCGCUCUAUCCAAGAUUGGUACUGACGUUGAAAAAGUCGAGAGAAGAGACAAGAGCGCUCCAAUCGUUAAAACGGCUUUCUCCGGUGCGGACUCGGGCAUAUUCAAAGAGCCGUUUGGUCGGAUGGUAGCGUCCGAGUCUGUGGCCAGUUCGAAAGAUGAUUCCGAAAUCGAUGAAAAAAAGACGCACGCCGAUGAUAGUGACUGUGAUUUGACCGCAGAUGAAUUGUUCGAGAAACUUCGUGCGCUUAUCAAUGAUAAACCGAAAAAACACGAGGGCAAGGGAGAAAAAGGUGAUCGAAUCGUCGCUAAAAAAGAAAAUUCCGAUACAGGCGUGACCAAAGAAGAUGCUACUUCAAGCCCGGUCAUCGAAAAUGGCUUGGGCAGCGAUCCUAUUCCAGGCGCAACCACAGAAACUUUGCUCUCAACCGUAGUCACGGAUGCCCCACUUGACACCGUUACGACAAAGUCUAUUACGAGCGGACCCGCUGGCUCUUUUUCAACGUCAAUUGUUACUUCCGUCAACCGUUCUGAGAGCACUUCGACUCAUGAGUCGACGGAGAGAGUUAGUGUAAUGGUCACUACUGUAGUUGGUGCUGGAGGCUCAGAAAGUGGCGAUAAAAAACCUCCGAUGAGUUCACUUCAUCCUGUUCCGGAAGUAAAGGCACCAGAAGCGAGGGCUCCGGAAGUGAAGAUACCAGAAGCAGAAGCUCCGGAAGCGAAAGCUCCAGAAGUGAAGGCACCAGAAGCGGAGGCUCCGGAAGUAGAGGCACCAGAAGCGAAGGCUCCAGAUGCAAAGGCACCAGAAGCGGAGGCUCCGGAUGUGGAGGCACCAGAAGCGGAGGCUCCGGAAGUAAAGUCACCAGAAGCGGAGGCUCCGGAAGUAAAGUCACCAGAAGCGGAGACUCCGGAAGCAAAAGCUCCGGAAGUGAAGGCACCAGAAGCGAAGGCUCCGGAAGUAAAGACACCAGAAGCGGAGGCUCCGGAAGUGGAGGUUCCGGAUGCAAAGGCUCCGGAAGUGAAGGCACCAGAAGCGGAGGCUCCGGAUACAAAGACUCCGGAAGUGAAGGCACCAGAAGCAGAGGCUCCAGAAGUAGAGGCACCAGAAGUGGAAGCUCCGGACGUAAAGUCACCAGAAGCGGAGACUCCGGAAGCAAAAGCACCAGAAGCGAAGGCUCCAGAAGCGGAGGCUCCAGAAGUGAAGGCACCAGAAGCGGAGGUUCCGGAUGCAAAGGCUCCGGAAGUGAAGGCACCAGAAGCGGAGACUCCGGAUACAAAGGCUCCGGAAGUGAAGGCACCAGAAGCAGAGGCUCCGGAAGUGAAGGCACCAGAAGCGGAGGCUCCGGAAGUGAAGGCACCAGAAGCGGAGGUUCCGGAUGCAAAAGCUCCGGAAGUAAAGUCACCAGAAGCGGAGGUUCCGGAUGCAAAGGCUCCGGAAGUGAAGGCACCAGAAGCGGAGGCUCCGGAUACAAAGGCCCCGGAAGUGAAGACACCAGAAGCAGAGGCUCCGGAAGUGAAGGCACCAGAAGCGAAGGCUCCAGAAGCGGAGGCUCCAGAAGUGAAGGCACCAGAAGCGGAGGUUCCGGAUGCAAAGGCUCCGGAAGUGAAGGCACCAGAAGCGGAGACUCCGGAUACAAAGGCUCCGGAAGUGAAGGCACCAGAAGCAGAGGCUCCGGAAGUGAAGGCACCAGAAGCGGAGGCUCCGGAAGUGAAGGCACCAGAAGCGGAGGUUCCGGAUGCAAAGGCUCCGGAAGUAAAGUCACCAGAAGCAGAGGUUCCGGAUGCAAAGGCUCCGGAAGUGAAGGCACCAGAAGCGGAGGCUCCACAUACAAAGGCUCCGGAAGUGAAGACACCAGAAGCAGAGGCUCCGGAAGUGAAGGCACCAGAAGCGGAGGCUCCGGAAGUAAAGUCACCAGAAGCGGAGACUCCGGAAGCAAAAGCACCAGAAGCGAAGGCUCCAGAUACGGAGGCUCCAGAAGUGAAGGCACCAGAAGCGGAGGUUCCGGAUGCAAAGGCUCCGGAAGUGAAGGCACCAGAAGCGGAGGCUCCGGAUACAAAGGCUCCGGAAGUGAAGGCACCAGAAGCGGAGGCUCCGGAAGUGAAGGCACCCGAAACGGAGAUUCCGGAAGUGAAGGCACCCGAAACGGAGGUUCCGGAAGUAAAGGCACCAGAAGCGGAGGUUCCGGAAGUGAAGGCACCAGAAACGGAGGCUCCGGAAGUAAAGUCACCAGAAGCGGAGGCUCCGGAAGUGAAGGCACCAGAAGCGGAGGCUCCGGAAGUGAAGGCACCCGAAACGGAGAUUCCGGAAGUGAAGGCACCCGAAACGGAGGUUCCGGAAGUAAAGGCACCAGAAGCGGAGGCUCCGGAAGUGAAGGCACCAGAAGCGGAGGCUCCGGAAGUGAAGGCACCCGAAACGGAGAUUCCGGAAGUGAAGGCACCAGAAGCGAAGGCUCCGGAAGUUAAGGCAACAGAAGUGGAAGCACCGGAUGCAAAGGCUCUCGAACCUCUACCAAUUGUUACAUCACCAACAAAGCCAGGAGCAUCGACAGGUUCUUUAGCGACCGUAUCGGGUGGUAGCACCUUUACAUCGUCUGUCGUUACUUCUGUCAACCGUACUGAGAGCAUUUCUACUCACGAGUCGACAGAAUAUAUGAGUGUGACGGUCACCAAUGGAGCUCGUGCUGGAGCCUCUGGAAGUGAUGACAAAAACCCUACUACCAAUUCACUCCCAGUUUCCGUUCCGCCCAAGAAAGAUGAAGCGACUCCUUCACCCGAUGUUGCACCGGUAGUAACGGUAGCAGCUUUGCCCACCUCUUCAAUGCCUGUAGUUAGCACGGAUGAAGAUAAAACUGUGAACGAACGCAUAAAUCAUCUCUUCGAGAUUCUGGAUGACUUGAGAGUUCGAAUGGAUGAACAUGAGAAGAGAGAGAUGAUUGUCAUGGUCACACCUGCACCCAUCACCACACCCCCUGUAAAGGUCGAGAGUGAAAUCCUAAAUACAGAAGUGGCAGUAAGAAAAGAAUCUACCAGAAGAACGAAGGAAGAAAUUGAGAAUGAAGAAGCGGCUGACUUGGCAAUUUUCCUAAAAAAACUGAGAGCGGUGGAGGAUAGAAUAGACAAAUCGUUGCCUGAGCUGGAGAGCGGAGAAGAAAUUACUUAUACGAAGAAACGCUCUGACAAGUUUUCCAGCAAAAGAAACAAAAAAGGAACGUACAUUCAUGUACGAAUUCGGAACGACGGUACCAAUGUGGAAGAAGACUCGGACGUUGAAAAGGUAGCUUUAGGUGCUUCGCAUGGUGCUGCUCGUCGAGCAUUAAAACGAACUGAGAUUAGCAGCCAUAAAAAAACAGGCACUAUCCUGAAAGCGGGUCGAGCCAUGGUCGAUGCUGGCAAAACGAUAUUAGACGAAAAAUUACGACUGAUCAAAUCCAUUCCUGAGAUUAUACUGGAUACUGCGAAAGGGUUCACCGAAACAUGAAAAAUUUAGAAAUAAUAAGAGACUCGGCUGAAAUUGUUAAAUCGUUAUACGAUUCGGAAAUCUCGAGUGGAACGAAAUAAAGAUGAAAAAAUUCUCUUUUCCAACGAUA